CCAAAUAUUUGAUACACUUUCUGGUCGAUAGAAGAAAGGAUGGCGACAGAGCAUUAGAAUUAAAGACUGAUAGAUAGCCUGUGAUGGAAUAGAUAGAUACCGGUCCUAUGGUUCACGGACUUCAAAGAACUAAACGAUAUACGCAUUUAAAUCUGUCUUCUCUAAAACCUCGAAUGAAAUCGAUGUAUAGCGGUGGUAGUGGGCUUCUGAUCCGUCCAAAGUAACUGGCUUAUAGACGGAAGACAUUGUAAAAAGUUAUAGAAGGAGCAUACAAUCCGGAUGACAAGAACAAUUUGGGCAAAUGUGACACCUACCCUUGCAGAUAACCUCCUACAUACAUUUUGGGAAAUCGUCGAUGUUUUCCCAAAAAGGACCAAGGAAAUUAUCAUUAUCAGAUAACACAGCAGAUCGCUAUCUUUUCAACUGUGAGUUCUCUUCAUCAGUUUCUCAGACUUUUUUCGCUUGCUGUGGGGAUGGGGGCUGCGCCGGGUUCUGGUUGGGAGGAGGGGGAGUUCGAGUUCAAGUUGGUUUUUGAGGAAGACCCGACGCGCCAACUCCGAGGCCCAUCCCCGCUGUGCAACGCGGACCAGGAGCACACCAUCGUGGGGGAGAGGACAGAGAGCGCCCUGUCACUCCUAGAGUCGAGCAAUACUGACAGCCACCUGGAUACCACUCACGUAGGCCAGCCAAUCGGCAUCCCUACCCCACCGUGUUCUUCAGCCAGUCAAAGGGCUGGGAUGCAUUCCCCGCCCCCCAGACGUGCCAUGGUGAGGGAGUUCAGUGGGACCUAUGAGAGCCUUCCUGCGAGAUCUGUACAGGUGUCAGAGUCCCGUGUGUUGGAGUGCCCUAGCAUCCAGAUCACCACUAUCUCCCCAGAGGAUGACACUGCCCCAGCAGGAAGUAACUUCUGGGACACAGGGGGUGGAUGGGACAGGGAGCGCCUCUACCUUCCCCUACUGGACCCAUUCUGCUACCGCGAAGGCAGCACCGGCGCUGGGUCCCUGAGCCCAAGCCCUGCCUCCAGCCCCUCCUCUCGGGGCUGGCUCAGUCCUGCGUCCAGCUGUGAUUCGCUGCUGGUGGAGGAGGAGGAGCUCAAUGAGGUCACCUCACAUUUCUGCCUAUCACCCUCCUCCCGGCCCACCUCGCCGGGGGGUAAGAAGCGCAGGAACUCCCCUCUGGCCUCCCCCUGCACGUCCCGCAGGAGCAGCUACUCUGAGGACCACUCCUGUACCCUGGAGGGUGACGACUCCACCUCUCAGUCACAGGCUCCCAACAGCAGCUUUGAGCUGAGCAUUCCACAGAAAACUAGGAAGACGUCACUGGAGCAAGUCUCCCCCAGGGAUGUGGAGCAGGAGCAGGCUCUAGCCCAUAGCUCCCACUGCCCACUGCCAGAGCCGCUGCAGCAGAGGAGAGAGGCUGCAUCCAUGGGCAUGGACUACCUGUCUGUGCCCCCUGCUCUGGGCUGGGGGAGGACUAGAGCCAGCACCCACAGCCCUCUGUUCAGAUCCAAUGCUCUGCCGCCACUUGAUUGGCCACUGCCAACUCAGUUUGACCAAUAUGAGUUGCGUAUUGAGGUGCAGCCCCGCCCACACCACCGAGCCCACUACGAGACAGAAGGAAGCAGAGGAGCCGUCAAGGCAUCACCAAGGGGACAUCCGGUUGUUAAGCUGACUGGGUACACAGAGAGACAGCCACUCUCUUUGCAGGUGUUUGUGGGAACAGCUGAUGACAGGUCCAUCCGGCCUCAUCCUUUCUAUCAGAUACACAGGGUGACAGGUAAGAUGGUGGGUACUGCCAGUCAAGAGAGUGUACAGGCUGGCACCAAAAUACUGGACAUCCCCCUCAACCCAGAGGCCAACAUGACUGCCCUCAUUGACUGCGCUGGCAUUCUGAAGCUGAGGAAUUCGGACAUCGAGCUGAGGAAAGGAGAGACGGACGUAGGGAGGAAAAACACUCGUGUGCGCCUAAUGUUCCGUACCCACCUCCCCCUUGGCCCUCCCGUGGCCCCGCCUGGACGGAUGCUGGCCCUGCAGGUCACCUCUGUGCCUAUAGAGUGCUCCCAGCGCUCUGCUCAAGAGCUGCCAGUGGUGGAGUCGCUCAGUCUCACAUCGUGCUCUGUGGAAGGAGGGGAGGAGCUACUGUUGGGUGGAUCUAACUUCCUGCCCAUAUCCAGAGUGCUUUUUAUGGAAAGAGGGGCAGAUGGAAAGCUACAGUGGGAAGAGGAGGCACAUGUUGACCGUGACAAUAGUAGUGAGUGCUUGUUGUGUGUGCAAGUUCCAGCCUAUGGUGACCUGUCUGUGAACCGCCUAGUAUCUGUGUGCCUAUACGUCUCCAACGGGAAGAGGAAAAGGAGCAGCACUCACUGUUUCAAGUACCUGCCCGAGGAGGACCCUCUGCUGUCGCGUCCCUCUGUCGUGCCCCUGGAGGAGGUGACACUCUGCUCCAUGGGGGGGCCCAGCAGGGUGGACAGGGGUCUGCACCUGAGGAAUGAUCCCACACCCGAGGAGAGAGGGCUGGCUUUGCACCUGCCCCCCUACCCUUCAGCCUACUCUCCCCCCUACCCAGGCCAUGGCUACCAGGAGGAGUACUGCCACAAGCCUGAAGCUGUUGGUGACAGCAGAGGUUCUCUAUCGGAAAGACGCCCCAGCUUUGAGAAGUUGGAGCUGGGCUUCACCGAGCUACUGCCUCCCCUGUACCCCAGAGUCUCCCAGCCUCCCUCUCCCUCCCCAUGGCUGGAAUCCCCAUACCUGUCCUCCUCCCCAUCUCCCUCCCACUCCUCCUCUCUGAGUCCCUUCCCCACAGGCAGCCCCAUCUCCUCCUCCCCUCUUCCCCCCAUGACUACCUCACCCUACCCCCACUACCCCUACCCUCAGGAGAUCUGCCCCUCGCCUCCCUCCAACCCCAGCCCUUAUCAGGACUUCUACCCAUCACCGUACUCCCACUAUGAGGUAUGGGAUCACCAGGGCAGGGGACCUGGGGAAAGGGAAGCUCAGGCUGCGUCUAAAAUGCAGGAGAACCCCCUGGAAUUUGCCAGCUCAUCAUCCGUUCACCACAUUACAUUAGAGGAAGUGAAUGAAUUUAUAGGAGAAGACAUCAGAUCGUUCCAGUUGGGCUCACAGAUGGACAGCCAACCAGGAUGACAAGCUCAGUACUGUUCGGUCUUGUUCAGUUGUUAUAGUAUGAAGCACAUUAUUGAUAUCAUAUCACACCUUUUCCUAUACACUUGGUUUAUGAUGUAUUGCUUAAAUAUGACAAUACUGAAUGGGGAUUAAAUGGCAAGGGCAAAGUUGUAAGUAUGAUUACAGAUAACUGUUACAGUUUAUAUAAUGUUUUUAACCAGUUUUCAAUAUAAAUUAUACAAGUAAA